AUGCCAGAUAGCAAAUGUGACGAGUCAUUUGCUCCAAAUAAUAAUGAAGUUGUAACAUCUACUGGGCCUUUGCAUGUGAUUACACAAUAUGCUGGCACCGACAUCUCUAACAUCAUGCAGUCACCUAGCAGGCCAACUAGCUUAGGAUUAUGUUUGUCGAAUAAUCAUCCGGAAUUCAAAAGCUCCCUGUCAUUUCGUGGUGGGGUGUCUCAGGAGGGUUGCUAUCAGUCCUGGACGGCAAGGGGUGUGGACACGGCAGAGUUCGAGAAACUUCUUGGAAAUCUCGGUAACAAUGGUUCGACGCCAGUCACACCUACCAGCUUUUUAAAUCCAAAUAAUAUAACAGAGGACCAGGAACAAUUCGCUGAUAACUUCUCUCGAACUUUAAACAAGGUAAAGGCCGAACAGGAAGGAUGGUCCACAAUAUCAAACUCAUCAUCUUUAGAUGGUGAUCUUAGAGGAGCAGCGAAUCCCACAUUUGCCAAACAAAUUCAGAUAAACCGAAUUGCUUCUAUGCCUUUUAUUGAGAAUUAUACUACAGGUACUGACAAUUCAAAUACCAUAGAGUCAGAGAAUGGUCAAAUUAAAUCACCCUUGCACAUUUCUGAUUCUACUGAGGUUAAUUCACCACGUUUAACUGACCGGCCUUUAGUAUUACUGCCCAAUACUUCAAAUACAACUCAUACGACGCACUCCGGUGUUAAUUCUUUGCGGAAACACAGUACAAACUCCAAAUGUAGUUCCUCAACUUCUGAUCCAUUCCAAGAAAAUUUCUAUCCCAAUAUUCUAUCUACGUCUAAUCUAAAUCACAGUAAUAAGACAAGUGCAGAUGUCCCUUGGGUGUCUGGUUUACCCACUAUUUCAUCUAUCGCUGAUGGUUUGAAACAAGCUGUUGUUGAUCGUGAUUGCAUUUCCUCAAAUUUUUGUUCAAAUUUGGAUGCCCUGUCUUCGAAUUCACGCUUUGACAACUUAACUUAUUCACAUGAUGAUAUCAGAUGUCAUGGCCUGUCAGGGAAUGUUUUGACGUCAACUGAAAACAUUCUGUGUGAUGAGAAUAGUGGUGAAAUCCAUUCUAGACUAUCACAAAACUACCAGUUUUAA